AUGACGGGCAAACGAGAGCUUGUGCUAGGUAUCUGUGCCCCGGGAAUUAUUGAGGUUCCGCCUGAUAAACCUCCAUCUAGACCUGUUGCAUAUGAGAUUGAUACAUCAGAUCAUUUUUACACUGAAAUGGCAACCCCUGACCGAGAUGAGUUGAUUAGAUGGGCUCGGGAGAUUGCCUUAAAGCUAAAGUUUGCAAUUGUAAUUGGCAAAUCCGACAACGGCAGCGAUAAGAGGAAGCAAUAUUUCAGGUUGGAUUGCGAGCGGGGAGGCCGGUACGUGUCAACAAAUAAGAAGCUAAAAUCUGAUCAAACCGGCACGAGGAAAUGCGGCUGUCCAUUUCGACUCCGUGGUUAUUGUCAUGCCGAUAAAACAUGGCAUUUGACCGUUGUAAAUGGCAAACAUAACCACGAGUUGGACAAGGCAGUUGAAGGCCAUCUCAUUGUCGGUCGUCUCAAACCGGAAGAAAGGCAAUGUAUGGAGGAAAUGUCAAGGAAUUUGGUUCCGCCUAAGAAUAUAAUGUCCACAUUGAAAGAUAGGGAUCCAAACAACAAGACAACGGCAAAGCAACUCUACAAUUUAAGUCAUCGAUUAAAACUUAAAAUGAGGGCAUCAAUGACUGAAAUGCAACACCUCUCCAAAAGACUUGUCGAGACCGGGUAUUUUUUCAAACAUAGGACGGUUGUUGCAGACGGAUCCGAACACGUUCAAGACAUUUUCUUUGCACAUCCUAAAUCUAUAAGUUUGUUCAAUUUUUUUCCUACUGUGCUUUUGAUGGAUUCGACAUACAAAACAAACAAAUACAAAAUGCCGUUAUUUGAGAUUGUCGGAUUCACAUCAACUGGGAGAUCUUUCAAUGUUGGAUUUGCUUGGCUUACCAAUGAAAGAGAAGACAACUUCACUUGGACUCUAGAGCAGUGUGUCAGUCUCUUAAGGAAUGAGGAUGUUAGACCGAAGGUGAUUGUCACCGAUAGGGAUUUGGCUCUGAUGAAUGCAGUUUCCGAGGUAUUUCCAACAUCGGCUGCAAUGGUUUGUCGUUUCCAUGUAAAAAAGAACGUGAGCUCUAAGAUGAAGGAAAUUGUGAAAAUCAAGAAUGGAGAGAAUGAGAAGCAGACUGAUGUGUGGGAUCAAAUCACCGAUGCUUUUAAUGAUGUGUUAGAGUCGCCAACGGAAAAAGAAUAUGCUGACAAUGUUAUGGUGUUUAGGGAGCUCUGUGCGAGAUGGCCAAAGUUUUUGCGUUAUGUUGAAGAGACUGUCCUAGACACUGAUAAAGAAAGGGUUGUCAAUGCUUGGGUAGACCAACAUAUGCACAUGGGGAAUCACACCACGAAUAGAGCUGAAUCAUGUCAUGGUGUGUUGAAAGGUUACUUGAAGGACGGUAACGGUGACUUGGUGAAAGGAUGGGAAGCGAUAAAUAAGAUGUUGAUAAGUCAGUUCACUGAAGUACAAGGUGAAUUCAGUCGGAGUAUGUCUGUUGCGGAACACAGAUACGAUGAUGAUCCUCUUUACGCAUUCUUGUUUUAUAAAAUCUCAAGAAAGGCUAUGGAUCACAUUUAUGACGAAGCAAACAGGGUCGAAGAAUGUGGUAUGGAUAGCAAAAAGUGUGGCUGUGUUAUGAGAAGGACAUACGGGUUGCCAUGUGCAUGCUUGAUUGCGAAGAAGAUAAAAAAUAACAAACCUAUCCGACUGGAUGAGAUUCACCCUCAAAUGGAAGAAACUGAACGAUUAAAAACAGCCGAUGUUAGCGUGAAGAAUGAUAUUAGGAAUCAACUUCGUCUCAUUGCAUAUCCAGAAACCACCUCUGUGAAACCUCCGAUUCAAAAGGCCAAAACAAAAGGUGCUAGAAAGAAAAAAUCAGUUCGUGUCACAAGAUACACGAGCAGGGAUAAGUCUCGGUGGGAGCAUGUUGAUGAUCAUAUUGCAGCUACACAGGCAUCUCAGUCGCAACCAACAAAGUCAAAGCCGUCGACUUCACAAACAGUGCCUGAGGUGCCUAAAGAACUCGUCAUCAGUACUUUGACUCCAGCACCUCCAGCACCUCCUGAAAUUCCUUUUAUCAACCAUAUGCCGAAGUUCAUGCACCCAUUUAUUGAAGAUAUUAUUGACGUUCAAGGUGACGGUUAUUGUGGAUACCGUGUGGUAGCUUUGCACCAAAAAGGAAAUCAACAAGAUUAUGAGUUGAUCAGACUGAACAUGGAGAGGGAGCUGAGAUUGCAUAAGGAAUCAUAUGUGGAGUUGUUCGAUACUGAGCGUUACAAGUAUGUCACGGAUGCACUUUUCCCACCACCGAGAAGGAGUAAACAUGCUAUUGCAACCAAGGACAAAUGGUUUACUUUUCCGGAUAUGGGUUACGUUGUGGCUACUCAUUUUCAGAGGGUUGUUGUUCAACUAUCAAAUAUGGAAAGGUGUGGAGCAUCUAGAACUUGUUUCCCAUUGCGUGGCAAACCUCCAUCAGACACGUCAGACUUGGAUUCCAAGAUUAUUUGCAUCGGCGCGCUCGCUGACCACUUUGUGUUAGUGCGAUUGAAAGUAGGAUGUCCGAUACCUCCAAUGGCUCAUCAGUGGAAAAACUCUUGUUCCGAAGAAGCUGCAGAAUGGGAGCCCAUGUUUUUGGAUAGAAUGCAAAAGUUUGGUGAGCUGUUGACCAUUGAAAGAGCAGGCGAUGACUUAGUCACGAUUGGAAAGGGUAGCAAAGACGAUCCGUUGGAAUUGUAG